AUGGCUUCAACUUUUGAUGUAACCCUUGCCAGUCUUCAUGACAAAGACAACCGCUCUACUCAGCCCUACUCUACCUCGGACCAGCAAGUAUCAACGUCGUCUUUCGGUUCGAACCAACUGCUGCCCACGUUGUCGCAUAACGAUAACGACUCGCUUUCUCCGAUCAAUUACCUUGAGACACCAGACUCAACUUCUAGUCUGGGUCAAUACCAACCGAGUGACUUCAGCGACCUUGACGACGACCCGUUCUUUGGUACCGACUUCAAUGCCGAUGGAGGCGCUCCCAACUUUCUAGGACAGAACAUUACCGGACUGGAUCAACCUCUGGGCCAAGACCUUAUGCUAGACAAGGAUCAGGACGUCGAUUCUGGCACAUAUCCGUUUACGCCUGAACAAACAGCAUCGGUGCAUGCUACACCACCGCAGAGCGACCUUACCUACGCUAUCAGAGGAUCUGCACCAUCUGGGUUACCCAACUGUAUCUCACCACAAGAGAUCCAGAAACGUUUUAACCCCCCUCCAAUUAAUACGCGCACUUCUGAAUUGACACCCAGUCAGAGUAGUAGCUGUCUGUCUAGCGAAGACGGCGCAGCACCUGGUGUUUCUACCAUGACCAGUCCUCGCGUUACCGUCUCCAUGUGGGGUACCCAUACUGAGACUCCGGUCCACUCCGCCGUUGAGCGCAGCUUUGAUGAUAGCCCUACUACCGUGCGUGGUGGGUUUGAAUCGGCGGGUGAUUUGAUAUCUCCUGGAGGCAACACUUCAACCCGUGAUUCUUCCGGCAAAUGGCAGCGAAAUCUAUCGACAGGCCAAGCUGGUCUCGACCCCAACAACCGCUCCUCGGACGAAGUGCCAAGCAUUAAUGAGCUUGCCAGAAAUCGAAAGGAAGAUGAACGUAAAGAGCUUGUGGAUGACUGGUUGACCGAUAAGCUCAACGACCUCUCAGUCAAACCAGAUGAUAACUCACGCGACCAAAUCAAUGAAUUGAACUCAAAGCGAGAUGAUCCGAAUAAUAGUGAAAUCCCCGUUGGUCGCGAAACCGAAAACAGAUUCAUCCCUGGCCAGACUUAUUAUCGUGACCAUGGCGAGAUGAACCAGCAAGAUCGCGACAUCAUCGCUGCUGACCGCAACUGGGCCGAUGCCCCGAUGUUCCCUUCAAUCACUCAUGGAAGGAAUCAGCCCGAGACGUCAGCGGCUGCCAUGGAAAGGUUCGAGCGAAUGUAUCGUGACACUGACUCUAUUUUGUCAAGAGCUGCAACUUGGGGAACUCGUCGCCGAAGCCUUCCCAGUAUUGCUGACCUCGACAUGGCACAAGGCACAAGCGGCGGUCUUUUGAAAAAGCUCUCGACUAGCCGAGAGAGCAGAUCCAGCAAGCCAGGAAGUCUUCUCGAAAACCUCCGAGGCCUGGUACGCCGCCCGAGCGCAUCUCAACUUCUUAAACGCACGCGUAGCAGCGGCAAUGAUGACGACAGUCUACCGAGUAGUGAAGAUAGAGGAAGCCAGGACUCGAAGCGUGAUAGCCUUUCCAAGCGAGGGGAUAGUGUCACUCACCUUGCGCCUCCGAACCGCAUGGGUAGCUGGGGCAAGAAACCCACGCCUUCCAUCAACACCGCUAUCGCAUCUAUGGGCAGUAAUAUUGCAUCCAUCGGUACCACGCACACUCGGAGCGGAUCGGUCAGUGCCAGUGGUACGCCUGGCGGAUCUAUCACAUCCCCAAAGAGCCCCUUUGGCGGUCUCUCGGUCAAGAAUACCCUCCGCCGCGCCCGGAGUAAAUCUGAACUCCCUAAACCUUCACCGAACGGUUUGCAAUCGGAAAGCCACUCGACCCUCGUGUCGAUGUGGAAGCGGGAGACGGGCGGACCGCCUGUGGCGGCUCUCGCUAAGUCUAAGCAGGUCGAUUUGGAUGACGAUGAGGAGGACGACGACGAUUUUGGCGACGAAGCUGAUAUGAGAACAAACCCCAAUGUUAUUGAUAAUAUCACUCCGAACCUUGAAGGCUUCCAACAACAUAUCAUUGACUUGAACCCAAGUCUGGCUACGACCAACACGUUCCUUGUUGAUCGAAUCGCUUACCACCAGGUCCAAAGAUACAAAUAUCUGCUCAAAAACAAGGUUACCCACAUGGGCCUGGGGGCAGCAUGCGACUCUGGUAUUAUGUGUGCGGCCCGAGACGGCUCAGCUGUCCUUCUGGAUCAGAACAAGAACAUCCGAGAGCUGGAUCCCCUUUCAUCUCCAAACGACGAGGACGAUGGAUCGCUAGGUGAGGGUGCUAUAAAUACCGAGAGCUUCCCCCAAGAUAUUCCGAUGCCUCCGACUACCCACCUCCCAGCAGAGUUUGAGUGCCGCCUCUGCUAUGCCAAAAAGAGGUUUAUGAAGCCAUCCGACUGGACUAAGCAUGUCCAUGAGGAUGUGCAACCUUUUACGUGCACUUGGGAUAAAUGCCCAGGACCAAAAAUGUUCAAGCGCAAAGCUGAUUGGGUUCGUCAUGAAAACGAAGGCCACCGGCAACUCGAAUGGUGGACAUGUGAUGUAGAAGCUUGCCACCACCAGUGUUAUCGCCGGGACAAUUUCCUUCAGCACCUCGUACGAGAACACAAGUACCCUGAGCCCAAGGUCAAGAGCAAAGCUGCCAUAAAGAAGGCUGGUGGCUCUGAACCCACAUGGCAGAAAGUCGAGCAAUGCCACCACGAGACUACAAAGAAGCCUCAGGAUGAGCCUUGCCGCUUCUGCGGAAAGACAUUCCCUACAUGGAAGAAGCUGACGGUGCACUUGGCCAAGCACAUGGAGCAAGUAUCGUUGCCUGUGCUCCGGCUUGUAGAGGCUAAAGCCAGCGAGCUCAGUGCAGACACUAUCAUCAGUCCAGUGCAAGACCCUCCGCCACGCAAUCCCUUAACUACGCCUACGCCUAUCGAGCAGACCGGCCCACCUAUUCAAUUUCCAGUGGGAGGUCAACAACAUAUACCACAGGGAAGCCAGCAUAUGUAUCAGAGUCCAAAUCCGAUGGCAUACCCUGUCAUGUCAACUGAUCCUUAUCAGCAACAACAGCAGCAGCAGGGUUUCUACGCCGAACAGUUUGGCAACGUUGGUAACGUCAGCCACACCUUUCCAUCAGCUCAUGCAGAGAUGGGAAUGCAUCCCAUGAACCAUCAGAAUUACAAUACCCCGAUGCAGGGCAUGAAUAUGACGAGUGCAGGCUACCAACAAAACACCAACGCCUUCAUGAUGCCCAGCAAUGGACUAGACUCAUACAAUCACAUGAACGCUCUAGGCCUUCAGAACCAUGGCAUGUCCGCCGGAUCAAUGCCAAUGGUGUAUGAAGGGAUCACAGACCCGUCAAGCGGAAAUGGAAGCCCUUUCAGCGGGCAGGGAUCUAUUUCUCCCUACUCUCACUCGCCAAAUAUGAAUGCUAAUACCAGCAAUGGUAUGUGGAACGACAGACGCAUGGCUGGAUUCCAGUGA